AUGCCGUCACAAUUAGUAUGUCCUCCAAUUGCUCCGGAUUAUUAUUUGAAUGUCCUUCAUUCAAUAGCAUGCGUCUCUUUCCCAUUCAAUCUCCUCGCGUUUUACCUUGUUUGGUAUCGUUCCCCGAAAGCCUCAAAUUAUCGAUAUUGCCUUUUUUAUCUGCAGUUGACGACACUUAUUGCCGAAAUCGAUAUGACAAUUAUGAAUCCUGGGUAUUAUUUUUUUCCAAUGCUCGGAAGUUACAACAACUCGUGGCUUUCCGAAUACGUUUCUAGUCAUUUGGCAACUUGUCUUUACUUUUUUCUGCUUUGUUGGGAACUCCCCGCGUAUUUGAUUUGCUUCCUAUAUCGAUAUGAGAGUACAAUCGAAAUGGACAAGUACUAUCCGAAUUGCAAGCAUAUAAUGCUUUCAAGAGAAUAUGAGUUUUACGAUUAUCGGGUGAAUCCAUGGAUUGCCGGAAUUUGUUUGAGCGCUUUUCUGUUCGUCUUCAUUUCUGCUUUAUAUAUGAUUUACUUGGCGAGUGUAUCAAUUAUAGUUCUAAUUAAUUUGAAGAAACACAUGUCACAAGCGACAUUUGUGAUGCACAAAACUGCUAUGAUCAGCUUAAUUAUGCAGAAUUAG